AUGCUGGGGACCUCGCCCGCGCCAGGCAUCCUUAUGGAGAGGCAGCGGCGCAAGAGGAAGGCCGAGACGCUCGACAACGAUCGCGAGCGCCUGUCGAAGCGCCUCAGCCGGCUGAAUAUAGAGCCAAAGUCAAAGCUCCACGCCCCUGUCGAGACACCGACCAUUGCCACCACAUCGUCAACAUGCCCCAAGCCGACGUCGGACGAGACCAUGCAGCUGGACGAUUCCAAGCACAAAGUGUACAUUUACGACCUGGAUGCCGAGCUCUCCUCCGACAGCGAAAACGACGACGGCAAGCUGGUCUUCCUGCCAGACAUCGAGAAGCAUCUGCGCCAGAACCGCAUUCCCCGCCACAUCCUGGCCAACGACGAGGGCGAGCUGGCUGGUAUGCAGCUGGUCCUCUAUAGCGAUCCCAAGUCCCUGUCCGUGCCCGAGGAGAAGGACGGCGUGCGCAGAGCCAUCAUCGAAGCCCGCCAGCGAGCAAGAGAGGGGCAGACGAAGCUGGACAAGCCCGGCGAGAUAAGCAGCAGUGCCACGCCGCCGCAGAUGCCGUCUCAGACACACUUCCAAACGGCCGCCGGAGCGAUACCGCACGGUGACUCAGCGCCAGCUCCUUUCGUCCACGUGGAUGAUGCGUGCGAUGCCAUGGAGGUUGAUUAA